UUAAUGCCAUUCAUCUACUACAGCGGUAUUAGUCGCGUGAGCAAUUUCCCAGGCCUGAGUACCUAACCAGACGCGUACCGGCUUGUGUACUACCACUACCAUGCCUAUAGCAAUCAUAUAUGUUUGUCGCCGUCACCCCAGCGGCGCUGUCGAUGUCAGCGCCCCCGAACUCGUGUGAGGACCUCUCUUGACUCCCGACCACCACCAUCCUCUGGUAAGUCGACUCGCCUCGUCAUCGUGCCGUGUCCAUGGCGCAGCUCGUCCAGUGCCGCUGUCGGUCUGGGAGAUGCUACUUGGGACCCCAGGGCUGGACACCUCAAAAUGCUCAGACCGCGCGGAGGCACGUUCUCGAAGACAAGGCCACAAAAGCCCUUCAAGACCGCGACGAACGACUUCAGCGCGUACAGGAGGAACAGGGCCGAGGAGGGGAUGGAGUUAGUCUCGAGGGCGAGGACGAUUCGACAGUAUUGGAUGCAGAUGGUGGCGAGGAUGGCGGCUUGGGCGACGGCUCAAACAAUGCCGUAGAUGGUGACGAUUGGGCCGAAACUCAGAUCGAUCAUCUCAGCCGCGUUGGUGGUUUCGACUCUCAGUUGUCGCCGGGCUUCAACACAUAUAAUGAGCCUAUGGAUCUUAGCGACAACGAGGAUUUUUUUACCGGCCUCAUGCGGGAUGGACUUGGCCAACAGGCACAGCAAGGUGUUGGAGGAGAGGGUGGAGAAGAGGAGGAGGAGGAGGAGGAGGAGGAGCCACCAGAGGAGGAGGAGGAGCCAGAGGAGCAGGAUCCGAGAGAUGAGCAGGGCGAGAGAGACGAGCAGCAGGGCGAGGGAGACGAAGGGGAUUACCUGGACGAGGCCAUAAACGUCCCGAUGGACGAGCUCUUUAACUUCUCGGACACGACGGACGUUGAAGCGCCACUGGACAGGCCCCCACCUUGUAUUCAAGAUCAUUCCGUCAUACGUAACGCCUAUGUUCGGGCCUUUGUCAUGGCUGUAUCCGACGGGGCCAAGCACAAGGCCGUUCAGCGCUACCUCGAGGGUGUGCACCUCAAUCUGUCGGAGAUCACGACUGCACAUCCAGACAUCACAUUCCCGGGCCUCGAGAAGUUUGUCUUCACGCUCCCGUCUGUCCUCAAGAAACUUGGUCUUGCGACGGACGACUUUGUCAUCUACCUGUCCAUCUGCAACGUCUGUUGGGACGUCUACCAUCCUUCAGAACUCCACGAUCUCGACUCGCCCACAUGCAAUCGUGAGGACUGCCCAGGCACCAUCUACCGGGUCAAGCGACUCUCCGAUGGCACACUCAAGCGCACCCCCACGAAGAUUGUCCCGUAUGUGCCGCUCGAGCGUGCCAUCCAGCGGCUGCUACUGCGGCCCGGCAAAUGGGACCAACUCCAGCACUGGAGAGGACCCGACGAUGCUCCGGGACGCGUGCCACCAACCGAGCAGACCGGAUAUGAUGCGUUCCCCGAUCCCUUCCGCCCAAUGACUGACAUCUAUGAUGGGUGGGGCUGGCGGGCCAUACAAGCCGGCCUUGAACGUCGACGAGGUCGUCGGGAUGAGAUACGAGAUGUGGACGUACAUGAACUGCACCAACGAUUUGUGUCGCUCCCUUGCGGGCUCGUCCUGCAGUUCAAUAUCGAUUGGUUUCAAGCUGUCAAGCGAGACUCUGGCGGCCCUCACUCGACAGGUGCAUUUUACGUCGUCAUAUGUAAUAACCCGCGCAAAAUUCGCUACCUCGCCGAGGAGACCAUGCUCGUGAUGGUUCUCCCCGGGCCACAUGAGCCAACUCUCGAACAGCUGAAUAAGCUGAUGUCCCUCUUUGCCCAGACCAUGAGACGACUAAUGGGUGGAGUCAGCUUUGCUGUCGAUGGCAUGGAUAGUCGUCAGCUUGUUCAUGCUUACCUCGAUUUUAACUGCUCGGAUCUCCCUUCCAGCCGAAAGGAGAGUGGCUGGCAAGGUCACUCGUCAAAGACAUUCAUGUGUCCGGACUGCAAGGCGACGUCUUACUCGCUCGCUCACCCGUCAUGCUUCAACCCAUCCCUAUUCAAGCCUCGUGACGAGUGGAACACGCUCAAAUACGCCUUCCGCGCCCAUAGGCUUGGCGAGGAGGCGGCACAGAUCAUCAAAAAACAGCGUGGGGUAUCAUGGACACCACUCGACCAGCUGCCGGGGUGGAUGCCUGGCGGCAGUGCCAUUGUUGAUUUUAUGCACUGUAUCUUUCUUGGCCUUGUCAAGCAUGUCACCAGGGUGGUCAUCCACGACCAUGGCCUCCUCAAUGGAUCUCGAGCGCGUGACCCUGCAGCUCGGCUGGAGAAAUUCUUUGAUCAGCUUGUUUGGCCGGUUGAAGUGACACGGCUGCCAGCUUCGAUUUCCAGUGGGCACGCAUCACAGACAAAAGCAGAUCAGUGGCGGAACCUGAUCGCCAUUCUAUUCGUUGGUCUCUUUGUGGCAUGGGAGCGUGAUGGUGUCAUUCCGGAUACUGACGCACCUACCUCUCGAAGCAACACCAAAAUUGCCAAGGCACAGGCCCGCUACACCCACGCAACCCAAGGAAAACUUCAAGUGUUCACACUCGCGCGGGAUCCUCACACUCCCCUCAAAAUGCUCGACGCUCUCAACGAGGUUGAGCCUGAUCGCAACCUGAGGCGUCACUAUGAUGUUCUCCUCGAGUUCUCUGCUGCUAUUCGCAUCCUUGCUACUCGCGAGAUUUCUCCAGAUGAUGUCAAACGUGGCUGUGCUGCUCUCUCGCGGUCGGCUCAGUCCUGGGCUCAUAUGCAUCUCCCACUCACCCCAUACUUUCAUUUCAGUCAGCACCUCGAGCGUCAAUUCCUCAAACAUGGGCCAUGUUACGGCUGGUGGACUUAUCCAUUGGAGCGGCACAAUCACAAGAUGGCAUCCUUCAAUCACAACCACCACAAGGGCGGCGAGUUAGAAGGCACCAUGAUGCGACGAUGGUGGUCCAUCACAUUCAACUACGAGCUUAUCCUUCAACUCGAAGCACUUCCCAACCCCACAAAGCACGACGACAACUCCAUCUCCCUUCUCAAAGACUGCCUGCAGGCGCAACAGAAGGACCGGCACGACAGUAUCAGACUAUCGUCAAUCUCGACACCUGCGAAGCUGCAGCGUCUCAGCAACAUCAUCUACGACCUUGUUUACCAACUCCUUUGGCAACGAUGGCGAUGCAUCAUCGAUCUUCGGCACCUCAACAACUCAAUAUCCGGAGGCGUUAUCUUCUCAGGUGACGUCUUGUCAUAUUCUCACAUCUGGGUCAGGAACCUUCGUUACGGUGCAGCAGCACACCAUAGAGGAAAGUCAGGGCAGUAUGCCUACAUCAGUGGGCGACAGCCAGUCGAGAUCAUGCACCUGUUGCAUGUGAGGCAGCCGCUUAGGUUUGGAGACCCUCUCGAAGCUACAGUUGCUGUUGUUCGCCGGUUUGUCCCAGCAGACGGUCAGGUCGAGUUUCCUUGGGCUAUGUGGGCGAGCGAUCUCGGUGUCUCGGCAUGGCAGCCUGAGACAUUCUCGGAGAUCGAGGUUGUUCCUGCUGAUGCGUUAUCUGGACACCUCAUUCUUGCACCUAUCAGUGUUGGGCGUCAGCGACAUUGGAUUACAGUUGCAUAUGAUCAUGGCAGUCCUGAGGCUGAUCCCACUUGGAGUUCAGGAGACGAUGCGUGA